UAGCAAAGCAUCUCUGCGAUAAAGAGCUCGAGGAAGAAAAUUGGCGCGACGAUCUUAAAGUCUUUAUUUUAAACAUCAAACUUGUUCUAUUCUGGGCUGCUUUCUUACGUUAAUUUCUCUCUUCUGACGAUAGACUUUUUUUUCACUAUUGUUUUUUUCUUAAUUCAAUUUGUCAGUUAUUCGAGCUCUUGAAAGCUUAUCUAGAAUUCGUGUCAAUAAGUGCCUUCAGUGCGAAGGAUACUGUUCACUUGGAUUAAAGCCGAGCGACCGGCUAGGAGAAAGUCUGCGCCUUCUACUUGAUCCCGAAGGCUGAAGGUGCUGAAAUCGAUAUAGAGCAAAGGAGAGUUACCUUCAGCCAUGCUACUAUUCCAAAUAACCAUUUUGUUUUUUGUCGCUGGAUUGACCUGUCUUCGCCAUCCGGUCGUUUAUGGAAAGGAAGAUUUGGAGACUUCGUUGGAAAAAGCUGACCCACCAAAGCACAGAGAGAAACGAUGGCUAUGGGGCGGGUGUGGUUUCAUUCCUGGAUGUGAAAAAUGCAGCGAUGGGCUUAUUUGCAACAAAUGCAGACCAAUUUUUACCCCUGUGGAGUACGAAAGGAACAAAAAGAAGAUCAUAAGGUGCAGCCGCUCCUGUCCUCCAGGCUACAAUGUCACAUCUACAAGGGAAUAUCCGAAGAUUUGUGUUAGAACACAAUUUGGUUGUUCUGCACGACAUUGUGAAGACUGUGAACCUCACAACCCAGUUAGCUGCGUGAACUGCACUCAGGGAUACUAUUCAGUGCAAAAAAGGGUUAUGGGAAACGUGAAAUGCGUGAAACAGUGUCCAGAUGGUUUCACCCCGAACCUGAACACUGAUGGGAAGAUGAUUUGCAAAGAUACACAGUCAAAAUGCCAAUCGUUUGUGCCUAAAUGUGCUACGUGCCUAGAUAGCGUACGCUGUCGAAAGUGCAGGAGUGAUCUGCAUGUCUUCUUCAACAAAACUGGCAUGGCUUGUAUUCAGAACUGUCCGAGGGGCUUCGUAUCCGCCGACUCCCACUAUUUCGGAAAGUACUGUAAAAGGCCACUUGUCGAGUGCCGAUCAAUUUCAAACUGUGAGAGAUGCCCUGACAAGAUCAAUUGCCGCAGAUGUAAGCCAAAGUUUUACAAGCUCAAAACAAAUCCGUUGUCCCAUGCAAAAUGUGUUUCGUCGUGCCCAGCAGGGUUUAAAAGGAAAGGAAGGAGAUGCCAACGUAUAAGGGAAGCUAUACCCGACUCCAAUUGCCCAUUUCAUUUACAAAGACUUCAACUCCCUCACUUCUAUCAUCUUUUAGACGGAUGUUCUGGCGAGUAUUGUUUGACAUGCAAGGAUGGUUGGUAUCGCGUUAAUUACAAUAAAAGACAUUGUCAGCGCAAGUGUCCCAAAGGCUUUUACAUUCUUGGAGAAAAACAGAAAUUCUGUCUCCGAUGCCUGGCCCGAUGUGAAGAAUGUAUGAACGGUUUUGACUGCGGCAAGUGUGAUCCAGGAACUUUUAAACUUGUCCAGGGUCUGCACACGUCUUGCGUGACAAGCUGCCCCUUUGGCUAUGCGAGUCAUGGUAACGUCAAAACCGGAAGAGUAUGUACUUUUAAAAGGAUCACGUGAUCAAGCUGACGCUAUUGUGAUGACAUCAGUCCUAUAAAUAAACAUGAAAAAAGGAACAUGCGUGUCCAGUUAAAUCGCUGCUAAAAUAGGAGUUUGAUUUGCUGGUUAUUUACAACUAGUUUAGAGGAGAUGUACCUGAGUACAUGCAUGUGCACAGUCUGUUUUAAAAUUUGUUUAGAGCUCUUUCCAGUGAUAUUCGAGAGAUAAACAAUAGUAAAGUUACCUCUGGAUAUUUGAGUUGUAUGACUCUCCGCACUCGCUUCUAAUUCGCUGAAUGUCCGGUCAGCCUAGAAUUCCCAUUUAGUCAGCUAAACCAUGUUAAGAGAGAAAAGAAUUACCAAAUGAAAAUUUAGCAAGUUUAUAGUUAGUGAUAAAGCAUUUAAGCUGUGGGACCAGGCUGACCUCCUACUCCACGACCCUCUCCCCUUCCACUUACCGGCCAUCAUAGGAGACGCUAAACUAUUCUUCCUUAUAACCCAGACUUGCUAUUUCGAGAAAUUCUAAUUGACUCGUCCUUGUAAGGUAAGGAAACAGGUCUUUUAUAAAAUAAUUGAACGCGUUGAACAGACAUGCAAACAUUAAUUUGAGUAUCUUCGUAAACUUGAAGUAUCAAACCGAUAUCAUAAACAAUAACAACGAGGACCAAAACAACAAUGAAAUAGAAAAGUCUAAUGAAGCUUGGUUCUUUAAAAACUGUAUAAUAUGAUAUGCCUCAGUCUUCCUUAAACGUUUAAUUCCUUGAAUGUCACUGGUGGUAAGGUUAGCUGUUUCUUCUGAAAAAGUAUCUUGAGGGGUCAAAAGUUUUGCCUUUUUUUCUAAUAACUUAUGUACAUGCAAUCAUCACUGCAUCACAAUACAGAGAAACUUCGACGAUUGAGGGGAGAGUCCUUCUCAAACAAGCACAAUGUGUUGAGCAAGAAUAGCUCCUCUCAGGAUUUUGUAUGAUUAGGAUGCAGUAACGUAACUAUUAGUGGAUUAGUUGUAUUCCGGCAACAUAGUGACAGGUGGUAAUAAAAGCGAGGAGCUACUCAGGAGUUUAAACCUUCUUUAAUGCCUAAACACUCGGUGAUUAGGGGCGGAUAUUGGAAUUUUUGAUAGGGAAUCCAAAAUGACCUCUCGACCCACCAUAACCCACAUCUCUUCUCCUCUGUAGGAAAAGAAAUAAAAUCCGUCCCACUUAUAAUAAUAUGCGAUCGUGUCGUGAAAAGAAUUUUGGUGUCAGACAAGUAAUAAAAUAAACACACAGGUCUCAUAGGGGGAGGGAGGUGAGGGAGAGGUUCUAUCCCUGUGGAUCUGCC